AUGCCUUUGGAUGAAGAAGGCGCCAAGUGGUCAUGCGAACCAUGUAUCCGUGGCCAUCGUUCCUCGAAAUGUCAACAUUUCGACAGAUUGAUGAUGAAGGUGCCCAAGGCCGGACGUCCACUUGCUAAAUGCCCCCAUCCGAAAGGGACAUGUAGCUGCCAAAAGACUUAUGCAUUUAUGAUCCGUAUCCCAAAAGGUGAGUGGCCCAUUCUUUUACAGAACAAACAUUCGCUAACUACCAUUAAGGCUCUACGUGUCUCUGUAGACCGGUAUAUCAAGUGCCUGUGGAUUCGAAUGACUUCACCCGCUCCUGGUAAAAUUCAGAAGUCAUCUAGAAGGCAAAUCAAAACUGCCCCGGAGAGCAUUGCGAAAGCCCUAGAUUCCAUACCAGACUUUGGGAAACAACAUCAUGACAACGGCACCUUGAACCAUAUUUCCCCUUUCAUGUCUCAAGAUCCGGGGCUUAAAACCAUGGGGAACAGUCUAUCUCAAGGUAUCAGUACACCAAAUACUUUUAUACCUCAUCAGGCCCUCGAUAAUGGCGACGACACGAAACCGCCAGGCGGAAGCUGUUGUUCUCAAAAAUCGCAACCACUAGUGCAAACCCAGCCUCAAGCUUCUUGUUGUAAGAAGCCUGAAAGUCCCGCACAAAAUGGCCACAGCACAGAACCCACAAUCGACGGAUCAAGCGCCCCCUAUACGCCAUCUUUGAAUGCGACUUCAUUUACACCUAUUUCUACACCUCAGAUUCCUACAUGGCAGGACUUUAAUGCUGUUGGACAAAAUCACCACUACCCACCGUUUGUGCCGCACCAACAAUCGACUGGGCAACCCGCAUAUGUGCCUGACUAUACGUUACAUACAUCACCCAAGGCUGUUGCUAUGAGCUUUCCCCAUCAGAACAUUACCAGCAAUAGUCUCACCCAAUCUUUUGUCUCGCAACCGUUCCCACAUGAUACUAAUAAUUCUGGUUAUAUGGCACCGGCAACUCUCAACAGUGACCCAACCCACAAUUGCAGCUGCGGUGAUAAUUGUCAAUGCCUGGGCUGUGCUUCUCAUCCAUUCAACAAUACCACAAGACAACAUGUUCAAGAAAUGGGUCUUUUGGUUGCCUUUGAUGGCGAGGACCGGGCCGUGGAAAAAAUGAACGGUUACCAGACCCCCUCUUUGCAUGGCAGACAGCAUAGUGCUACACAACUAGAUUAUCCAUAUACGAACUUCAGUCAUGCCUUCAAUAAUGGUACCCAACAUUUGAUGAUGCGUUCCUAUGGUGAACAAAACCAAACCUCACGCAUACUUGGGAAUGGAUAUUCAUCUCCGCCAGCUGAAUACCUGUCAGAGCAACAGUUUAUGGAGCCUUCGGAGUAUUACACUCUUGAAUAUCCAGUGGGCUUGCCAUCUGGUUGCUCUGAUGUGACGGGAAGUUGUCAGUGUGGAAAUGAUUGUAAUUGCGUUGGCUGUCUCACGCACAGCGGGCACAAUGGCCUUUCUUUUGAACCUGUGACUACCGAGGCUAGCAAUCUGUCUCCUAUUGCCCCCAUGACGUCGUCGGACAACCCAGGCAUCGGCGUGUCCGGGAUACAGGCUUUGGAUGAUAUUACCGUUCCAUCGACAUCCCCCAUGCUGUGA